CCUCAUCUAUAGCACAGUUUGCUUUUUUUAGAAAGGCCAAACAAUGAGAAUUGGGAGGAAUAUCUUUAGAGCCUAACAGCAGCCCAUUGAAUGAGUGGAUCUCAUACCCCUCUUGCCAUCCUCUUCCCCUUUGCCUUUGCCCUUACCCUUUCCAUUCCUUCAUCAAGUCUUUAUUGCAAUCCCACUGUGCCCAGUCCUGUGCCAGGGACCACUAGAGAAUAGAAAAACAGCAACAGAUUGGUUCUUUUCCCCAAGGAAUUUAUGAACCGGUUGGCAAGACAGAACAAAUGCAUAAGAAACAAUUGAAGAAAAAUACAUACUUAUGUAAAAACAUAAGGCAGAGCUAAAAUAUUUAAGUCCCAUCCCUCCUAUAUGCAUUCAGAAAGUGGGAAGGUGAAUGUGGGCUGGGGGUGGUCAAGGAAGGCUUCAUGAAGGGAGUGAGACAAGUUGGGCCUUGAAAAAUGGGUAAACAUUUGGAGAGAUGGAAGGGAAGAGUGGAGGGAAUAGCAGUGAUGGUGAAGGGAAUUCUAAUGCAAAGGAUUUUGAGAAGGCAAGCUAUGGGCCUUCCACUGGAACAGAAAGAAGAUAAUUCACUUUACAGUGGCCCAGUAUCGAGUGACUCUGUGUACCGGGGACAUUGAAGGAGCAGGAACAAAUGCCCAAGCCUUUGUCUGCCUCUUUGGUGAUGCGGGAGAUACUGGGGAGCGAAUGCUAUGUCACAUCAACUGCAGGAACAACAUGGAAAUCUGUCAAAAAGGCAAUGCGGAUGAGUACACCAUUGAGGCAGUCACCCUGAGGAAGGUGAAAAGAAUAAGAGUUGGACAUGAUGGCAAAGGAGGGAACAGUGGCUGGUUCUUGGAGCGAGUGUUAGUAAGAGAAGAAGGGCAGCCAGAGAGUGACAAUAUGGAAUUCCCGUGUAACAGAUGGCUUGCCAGGGAUCAAGAUGACGGCCAGUUAAUCCGAGAAUUAUUACCCAGUGGCAGCAAUGCGACGUUGAAAAACUUCCGCUAUCACAUCAGCAUAAAGACAGGAGAUGUUGGAGCGGCUAGUACUGAUUCAAAAGUCUACAUCAAACUCUAUGGAGAGAAGGCAGACACCAUCAAGCAGAUUCUCCAAGAGUCUGAUAAUGACCUGGGUGAUCAUUUUGAGCGUCGCCGAGUUGAUGAAUUCACCCUUGAGACCGUGGACAUUGGAGAGAUCAACCGACUUGUCAUUGGCCACGAUAGCACAGGCCUGAGUCCAGGCUGGUAUUUGGGAAGCAUUCAGAUUCGGGUGCCCCGCCAAGGCAAGAAGUACACAUUUCCUGUCAAUCGCUGGUUGGACAAGAAUGCAGCUGAUGGGCGCACAGAAGUGGAGCUGUACCCCAGUGAGGUUGAGGAGAUUGAGAAAUUGAUCCAUUAUGAAGUGGAGAUUGUGACUGGGGAUAUGGGCAACGCGAGCACCAGCGCCCGGGUCUACAUGCAAAUCUAUGGGGAGGAGGGCAAGACUGAAGUGCUCUUUCUCAAAAGUCGCUCAAAAGUCUUCCAGCGGGGAAACACGGACACCUUUCAGCUAGAGGCAGCAGAUGUGGGUGAAAUCUUCAAGAUCCGAUUGGGCCACACGGGCGAGGGCUUCGGGGCUGGCUGGUUCGUGGAGACAGUGUUGCUGAGACGGCUGGUGCUGCAGGAGGCGGAGGUUACCCCAGAGGAGGAAGCCCGGAAAAAGAAGGAGAUGGACAAAUUGAGGCAGCUGAUGAGGAAGGAGAGGCUGAAGGCCAAGGAGGAGCAGAAGAGGAAGAGAAAGCUGGCGAAGGGUAGUGAUGUGGAGGAUGAAGAGGAGUCCUCUUCGGAGGAAUCUUCAGAAGAAUCAGAAGAAGAGACAGAGAUUGAGGAGGAAGAUGAAGAAUUUCAGGAAGUGGUUGAUGUCUACAGGUUUCACGCAGGUCGCUGGCUGGCCACAGACGAGGAAGACAAGGAUCUAGACAUGGAGCUGGCACCAUCUGGAAGAUCGGGUCCUCAGCCCAAUACCUACGAGGUCCAGGUGAUCACGGGGAAGAUGCCCAAAGGUGGCACUGAUGCUAAUGUCUUCCUGAACAUCUAUGGUGAAGAGUAUGGGGAUACUGGGGAGCGUGCUUUAAGAAAAUCAGACAAAUCAAAUAAGUUUGAAAAAGGACAGACAGACACUUUCAUCAUCAAUGCCAUUGACCUGGGGCCCCUGAAGAAGAUUAGGAUUCGUCAUGAUAACUCUGGCAAUGCCUCUGGCUGGUUCCUGGAUCGAGUGGACAUCACUGACCAAAAUAAUGAAACCACGUACUACUUCCCAUGCCAGCGCUGGCUGGCAGUGGAUGAAGAUGAUGGGCAGCUCUCCAGGGAGCUGAUCCCAGUGGAUGAGUCAUAUAUCCUGAAGGAUGAGGGGAAUGAAGAAGAAGAAGAGGGCGAGGGCGAGGAAGGAGGAAAUGAAGAAGACACUGGGCUUGCCAACCUGGCUCUGGAAUUGAAAGAUAAAUCGACCAUGUAUUCAGUGACCGUGAAGACUGGUGACAAGAAGAGAGCAGGCACAGAUGCCAACGUCUUCCUCACUCUCUUUGGCGAAGAUGAUGAUACAGGAACAAUUCUCCUGAAGUCUUCCAAGUCCAGCAACAAAGACAAGUUUGAGAGAGGAAGCAUUGAAAUCUUUACAGUGGAUGCAUUUUUCCUCGGAGAGCUUAAGAAAAUAAGGAUUGGUCAUGACAAUACAGGCAAGUCCCCAGGCUGGUUUGUGGACUGGGUAGAGAUAGAUAUACCAUCUCUAGGAAAAUGCCUGACGUUUCCCUGUGGACAAUGGCUGGGAAAAGAGGAAGACGAUGGGGCCAUCUACCGGGACCUCUUCUGCGCAGAGCUAAAGACCAAAACGUAUACUCCAUAUAUUCCCUAUGAGAUAACCAUCUACACCAGUGAUGUCUUUGCUGCGGGGACGGAUGCCAGCAUCUUCAUUGUAAUCUAUGGUUGUGACGCCAUCUGCACCCAACAGAAGUAUCUAUGUGCCACCAAAAGGGAACAGAAGAUAUUUUUUGAGAGAAAUUCUGUCUCCUGCUUCAUUGUGGAGAUGGAGGAUAUUGGAGAAGUCAUUGAAAAAAUUCGGAUUGGACAUGACAAUGCAGGCAUGAAUGCUGGGUGGCACUGUGACCAUGUGGAUAUCCGGAGGCUCCUGCCAGAUAAAGAUGGAUCAGAGACUGUGACAUUCGCCUGUGAUCGAUGGCUUGCCACCUCUGAAGAUGACAAGAAGAUUAUCCGAGAACUGGUCCCAUUUGAUAUGUUUACUGAGAAAGUAAUGAAAGACGGAUCUUUAAGACAAAUUUAUAAGGAAAUAGAGGAACCUCUGGAUAUUGUUCACUAUUCAAUUCAGAUAUUCACUGGGAAUAUACCCGGGGCUGGAACGGAUGCCAAGGUCUUCAUCACUAUCUACGGAGAUCUGGGAGACUCUGGGGAACGGUAUCUUGGAAAGUCAGAAAACAGGACUAACAAAUUUGAAAAAGGAACGGCUGACACCUUCAUCAUAGAGGCUGUUGACCUGGGCGUCAUAUAUAAGAUCAAACUCCGGCAUGACAAUAGCAAGUGGUGUGCUGAUUGGUAUGUGGAAAAAGUUGAAAUCUGGAAUGAUACCAAUGAGGAUGAGUUUCUCUUUCUCUGUGGGCGCUGGCUAUCCUUGAAGAAGGAGGAUGGGCGGCUGGAACGACUCUUUUAUGAGAAGGAAUAUGAAGGUGACCGAAGCAGCAACUGCAGUGCCCCUGCGGACUUCUGGGAGAUGACCCUCAGUUCCAAGAUGAGCGAAAUCGAUAUAGAUACUGUGACUGGCCCUCUGGUGGACUAUGUUCAAGAAGGUCCAUUGAUUCCUUACCACGUGACCAUCACUACCGGUGAGCAGGAGGAUGCAGCCACCAAUAGCCGUGCUUUUAUCAUCUUUAUUGGGGAGGAUGAUGAGGUGUCCAAACGCAUCUGGCUGGAUUACCCAGGAAUGAAGAAAGGUUUCAGCUCUGGCUCUGUGGAGAAAUUCUACGUCGUAGGCCUGGAUGUAGGAGAAAUCAAGAAAAUAGAGCUGGGUCAUGAUGGCAUCUCACCAGAGAGCUGCUGGCUGGUAGAGGAGCUGAGUGUUGCUGUGCCUACCAAGGGGUGCAUGUACACUUUGCGCUGUAAUUGCUGGCUGGCCAAGGAUCGUGGGGACGGUCUGACCUCCAGUGUCUUUGACCUCCUGGAUGCGGUGAUGGUGAACAUUGGAGUGAAGACCAUGUAUGAAAUGACUGUCUGGACUGGUGACAUUGUUGGAGGUGGCACUGAUUCCAACAUUUUUAUGACACUUUAUGGUGCCCAAGGGAGCUCAGAAGAGGUGCAGUUGGACAAAAAGAAAGCUCGGUUUGAGAGAGGACAGAAUGAUACUUUUGUUAUGGAGAUUGAUGACAUUGCCCCAUUCACUAAGAUGCGCAUGCGGUUGGAUGGACUGGGCAACCGACCAGAGUGGUUCCUGGACAAGGUCCUCCUGAAGAAUAUGGACAAUGAUGACCUGACAAUGUUCUACUAUGGUGAGUGGUUAUCUGAGAGGAAGGGUGAAAAGAAGACCCUGGUCUGUGAGAUGUGUGCAGUAAUUAAUGAAGAAGAGAUGAUGGAGUGGACAUCCUACACUGUUACGGUCAAGACCAGCAACAUUAUGGGUGCUGGCACGGAUGCCAACGUGUUCAUCAUCAUCUUUGGAGAAAAUGGAGACAGUGGUACCCUGCCGCUGAAGCGAUCCAAAAAUUGGAACAAGUUUGAGCGCAAUUCAUCAGACACCUUCAACUUCACAGACAUGCUGAGCCUGGGUCACCUCUGCAAGCUGAGGGUCUGGCAUGACAGCAAAGGGAUGUUUCCUGGAUGGCAUCUGAACUACAUAGAUGUGAAGGACAACUCCAGGGAUGAGACAUUUCGCUUCCCAUGUGAACGCUGGCUAUCAAAGAGUGAGGGGGACAGACAGACAGUCCGAGACUUGCGCUGUGCCAACAAUGAGAUCCUGGAGGAGAUGGAAGAAACCACUUAUGAGAUCGUCAUAGAAACCGGAGAUUCAGAUACCAGGGAGAAUGCCUGGAUCGUUCUGGAAGGAAGAAAAAACCGAUCCAAAGAAUUGCUCAUCGAAAACAGCCCUAGGCACAGGGUGUUUAGAAAAGAUGGCACUGACAAAUUUGAAUUUGACAGCAUCUUUGUGGGUGAAAUAACAUCACUGAGUUUGUGGCACAUGCCCAGAGAAGGACAGAGGAUGCCCCCCAGGGAGAUACUCUGGCAUGUGAAGACCAUCACCAUCACAGAGUUAGAGUUCAACAAUGUGUACUUUUUUAACUGUGACUACAAAAUCCCCCUAAAGAAAAAGAAAAAGUACUUCAAGGUCUUUGAGGUCACGAAGGUGACGGAGAGCUUUGCCAGCAAGAUCCAGAGCCUGGUGUCGGUCAAGUAUGAGGUCAUAAUCACAACAGGUUACGACCCUGGAGCGGGCACAGAUGCCAAUGUCAUGAUCACCAUCUUUGGGGCCAAUGGUGACACAGGGAAGCGGGAGCUCAAGCGGCGGAUGCACAACCUCUUUGAGAGGGGCCGCACUGACCGCUUUUACCUGGAAACUCUGGACCUGGGGGAGCUCCGUAAAGUGAGGCUGGAGCAUGAUGGCAAAGGUCCCAGCUCUGGCUGGCAAGUGGAGAGGGUGGAGGUCGCCAAUACCAGCAAUGGAGUCGCCACCAUCUUUGCCUGUGGGAAGUGGUUGGACCCAAAGAAGGGAGAUGGGCUGACCUGGAGAGAUCUCUUCCCUACAGUUUGAGGGAGAGUAAGGAUGCUCAAGAGUAUCUUUCUGUCUACCUUUCUACCUGCCAUAGGAGGCAUCCAGAAUUCACCAAGUCAUUCCAAAACCACUCUUCUGUGUACUGAUUGUGCCAUUUGGCAUGGUGUGUUCCAUUCUCCAAACUCCCUGGACAUGAAGGAAGCAAAAUAAGUCCUGAAUUUUCUUCUGGGAUUCACUCCUGAUUUGAAGUGCUCCUAGAACAAGCUACUGCCUUUUUAUUUUUCUCAGUCAACAAACAUUUAUUUAGUGCUUAUCCUGCCCCAUAUACUGUGCUAUGCUUCUAUGGACACAAAGAAAGUAAAAAAAAAAAGAAUAUCCUUUCUCUCAAGGAAGAAUAUAGUAGUAAUAGGCUGGAAGUCAGAAGUCCAGGACCUUAGUCUCAGCUCUACCAUUCAGUGUCACCUUCUAAUAAGGGAAACAACAUGUACCUAACAAGAUAAAUACAAGAUAUAAUGGAGUAGAUAAAAGGCAACCUGAUCUUUAGGGGGGAAAGGCUCUGGGUCACUUGUUCAGUGGUCUCUAAUUUUUCAAUGUUGUAUUUUAUACUGAGGGUUUCUUAGCCAUGGGGAAGAUGUCUGGGGUGGGGUAGGGAGCAGCAUAUGUUCUCUGGUUUUAUUUUAACCUCUUGGCCUUAAAGACAUCAACCCUUGGCAAAGAGCAAGUAUUCUCUGGGUCCCCUUUUUCUCAUAGGGUUCUCUUCUCUCCUCCCCUCUCUCUCCUCUCAUCUCCUCCCUUCUCUCCUCUUCUCUCCUUUCUUCUCCUCUCCACUUCUCCCCUCUCCUCUGCUCUCUACUUCUCUCCUCUGCUCUCCUCUCCUUUCCUCUUCUCUUCUCUUCUCUUCUCUUCUCCUCUCUUCUCUUCUCUUCUCUUCUCCUCUCUUCUCGUCUCGUCUCGUCUCGUCUCUUCUCUUCUUCUCUUUCUCUUUCUCUUCUCUCUUCUCUUCUCUCUUCUCUUCUCUUCUCUUCUCUUCUCUUCUCUUCUCUUCUCUUCUCUUCUCUUCUCUUCUCUUCUCUUCUCUCCUCUCCUCUCCUCUCCUCUCCACUUCUCUCCUCUCCACUUCUCUCCUCUGCUCUCCUCUCCUUUCCUCUUCUCUUCUCUUCUCUUCUCUUCUCUUCUCUUCUCUUCUCUUCUCUUCUCUUCUCUUCUCUUCUCUUCUCUUCUCUUCUCUUCUCUUCUCUUCUCUUCUCUUCUCUUCUCAUCUUACCUGGGUUUAAUUAUCAACUCUAUAGAUGACACCCAGAUCUCUCCUGCCCCAUCCAUCCUAUUCCUACUAUCAUAGGGUAGGUAAUGACUACUGCUUCUUCAGGUUCCUAGCUCCCUGGUUUCCAUUUCUUCUCUAAGGCAGCUGGCCAUUGGGGGACCAAGCUAAGACAUGCCCCAGAUGGGUACUGAUGGGAACUGGGCCUUUACCCAAAGGAGAUGAGAAGAAACAAGGGAAAGUUAAGGGAGUCAAAUUUUAAGCCAUAAUUAAUUAACACUUUAAAAAAGAAAGCUGGAACCAAUACAGUAAAUGCAGACCAACCCCCACAGUGAGCAGCACUCUUGGCAAGUAUUGCUGCUCUAAGAAGCUGUCUGUUUCCUGUUCCAAUAAAUCCAGUGUCAA